UGUCACAAACACACCACCAACACACAAACUAAUAACAACAUGGCCAUGAACAUCUCAUUUUUCAUACUCCUGAUCACCAUCUUCAUUUCAGCAUUCUUUUCCUCAGCCUUACCGAACGACGCGAACUGGUGGUGCGAAAAAACGCCUAACCCCGAGCCAUGCAAGCAUUUCAUGAGCAACAAGUCCCACAAAUUCGGUCACAUUAUGGGCAAAUCUGAUUUUCGAAAGGCAGCUUUGGAACUAGCCAUGGAAAGGGCACUUAACGCCGAGAGCCACACCAAAUGGCUAGGUCAAAAGUGUCGUAACAAGCGCGAAAGGGCUGCAUGGGCUGAUUGUUUGAAGCUAUAUGAAAGCACCAUUUUGCAACUAAACCAAACCCUAGACCCAACCACCAAGUGCACCACUUUUGAUGCGCAAACGUGGCUUAGUACCGCGUUGACUAACCUCGAGACUUGUCGCGCUGGGUUCGUGGAGGUUAAUGCUUCCGACUACAUGUUGCCACUCAUGAAUAAUAACGUGACUAAGCUUAUUAGUAACACUUUAGCUAUCAACAAUGGUUCAGGGACGCCCGUCGAGAGUUAUAAAGAUGGGUUUCCGAAGUGGUUUGGGCCCGGCGAUAGAAAGCUUUUGCAGACUUCAGCUCCUAGGGCAAAUAUUGUCGUGGCUCAGGAUGGUUCAGGGAACUAUAGGACGAUUAAGGCCGCGAUUGAUGCCGCGGCGAAGAGAAGUGGGAGUGGGAGGUUUGUUAUUUAUAUAAAGAGGGGGGUUUAUAGAGAGAAUAUUGAGAUUGGGAACAAAAUGAAGAAUAUAAUGCUUGUUGGUGAUGGGAUGAAGUACACCAUCAUCACCGGUAGCCGGAGCAUUGGAGGCGGCUCCACGACGUUUGACUCCGCCACCGUCAUUGUAAUCGGGUCCGGAUUCAUUGCGCGUGGCAUAACCUUCCGCAACACCGCGGGCCCACAGAACCACCAAGCCGUGGCUCUACGGUCCGGGUCCGACUUAUCGGUCUUCUACCGUUGCGGUUUCGAAGGAUACCAAGACACCCUCUACGUCCACUCGCAACGACAAUUCUACAAAGAAUGCUACAUUUACGGGACUGUCGAUUUCAUCUUCGGCAACGCGGCGGUAGUUUUCCAAAACUGCAUGAUCUACGGAAGACGGCCCAUGACUUCCCAAAAGAUCACCAUCACGGCCCAAGGCCGAACCGACUCGAACCAAAACACCGGGAUCUCUAUUCAGAAUUCUCGGAUCAUGGCUGCAUCCGACUUAAAACCGGUAUUGGGCUCAUUUAAAACCUUCUUGGGCCGGCCCUGGAAGCAAUAUUCUCGAACGGUUUUUUUGAAAAAUUAUAUGGAUAGUUUGGUGGACCCGGCUGGAUGGUUAGAAUGGGAUGGGAACUUUGCUCUUAAUACUUUGUAUUAUGGAGAAUAUAUGAACACUGGACCGGGUUCUUCGACUAGCCGGAGAGUCAAGUGGCGUGGGUAUCGGGUUAUCACUAGCUCGAAUGAGGCUUCGAGGUUUACCGUUGCGAAUUUCAUCGCGGCCCAGUCGUGGUUGCCGAACACCGGUGUGCCAUUUCUUGUUGGACUUUAAGUUCUAAUUGAACUUUUGUUGGAUAAUUUGUGUAUUCCUUUUGACUGUUUUUUUUUUUUUGGUAUCUAACUGAACUUUUGUUGGAUAAUUUGUGUAUUCCUUUUGACUGUUUUUUUUUUUUUUUUUUUUGGUAUAUUUGUUGAUACUUGUUUUCUUUGUUA